AUGCUCGAACAUGCCAAACGGGAAUCGAGACGUGCUAUCACUGAAAAAAGACAAGAAUUCGAAGCCCGAUUAUCUAAGAUUCGACAAGAGGAAGAUCGGUUGAAACAUGCGGACAAUGCAGAACGACCCCGUAAAAAGCAGCGACGAGAUGAAUCGGCUCCGCAACUGGUUGACGAGGAUCAAUUUGUUCUUGAUGACUAUGAGAGCGAUGCAGAUACCCGUAACAAGCAGAAUGACUCGGGCAAUUCCGACGGCCUUUCUGCAAGCACCCGGGCUCUGUUGGAACGGUUCCAAGGGAAAUUCUCAACGCAAAAGAAAGAUGACGAGGAUGAAGCAGAUAACGAGAUUAAGAUCUUUUUUUGUUCAAGAACCCAUUCUCAGCUAAGCCAGUUUGCUGGUGAAUUGCGACGGGUCAAGUUUCCCUCCAGUAUCCCCAGCGACCUCGACCCAGAGAGCAAAGACGAAUUCUCCAAACUCGAGGAGCGUGUGAAACACCUCUCCUUAGGGUCCAGAAAGAAUCUGUGCAUCAACCCGAAGGUCCGGGCUUUGGAGAAUAACACCGCAAUCAAUGAAAAGUGUUUAGACCUACAGCAAGCCGGUAGAGCAGCCGACAAAAAGUGCUCCUUUAUUCCGUCCAAAGACGACGAGGCCUUGUCUCUUGAGUUUAGGGACCAUGCUUUGGCAACAGUCAAAGACAUCGAAGAUAUUGCCAACGUGGGACAAAAGCUGGGAAUAUGUCCCUACUAUGCGUCUCGUCCAGUCAUCAAACACAGCGAGAGAUCAGCCCGUGAGGCCCUCAAUCUUUCCGUCAAAGGUCAUAUUGUCAUCAUCGAUGAGGCUCACAACCUCAUGGAUGCGAUAACUGGCAUUCACUCAGUCGCUGUCUCACUGAGUCAACUACAGACCGCUAUCGGACAGCUGACGACCUAUGCUCGCAAAUUCAAGAACAGAUUGAAAGGAAAAAAUAGAAACUACAUUGCCCAAGUCAUCCGGCUGGUGAGCUCCAUUGCAGAGCAGCUGAAGUCAAUCUCUCAGCAAAAGGGACCAGUGGAAGGUUCGGUCCAAGCGUCAGAUCUCAUGGCCGGAAAGGGAGUUGACCAGAUCAACCCAUAUAAACUUUCUCGGUAUUUGCAAGAGAGCAAGCUUGCCCGAAAAGUUGAUGGCUAUGUUGAAUCCUCGCAACAGCCGCAAUCUGGUCGUCACAGGGACAAGACAACGAUGCCAGUUCUGUUCCAUAUCCAGAGCUUUCUUCUUCCCCUGAUGAAUCCUUCGGAAGAGGGACGUCUUUUCUUUCAGAAAAUACAAGAUGAUAUCAUGUUGAAGUACAUGCUCCUUGACCCUACCAACCACUUUCGUGAAAUUGCCGAAGAUGCUAGGGCUGUCAUUCUAGCUGGUGGUACUAUGUCUCCUGUCAUCCCAGAUGGUGUUGUUGCGUUCUUUCCCAGUUAUGACUAUCUCAAUCAUGUCCUAGGUGUUUGGAAGAAGCCUAUUCCCAAUGGGAACGGUCAAACUAUCCUCAAUCUUCUCGAACGGAAGAAAAAGAUCUUGUAUGAAUCUCGUGACGCGGCCAUAUCUACAGAUGUUUUGCUGCGGGAAUAUACCGAGUCCGUUGAAUCAGGCUCAGGUGCCUUGCUUCUGUCUAUCGUGGGUGGAAAGUUGUCGGAAGGCAUCAACUUCUCUGACAAGCUAGGGCGUGGAGUCUUCAUUAUUGGCCUCCCCUUUCCCAAUAUUCGCAGUGCUAUCUGGCAGGCUAAAAUCCAAUAUCUUGAGGAGAAGACUUACAAACAGGCUUCUGGCUCUGAGGCGGAAAGGAAAGCAGCAGGCAAGGCGGCUGGGAGGGACUUCUACGAAAAUUCAUGCAUGCGAGCAGUUAAUCAGUGCAUUGGAAGAGCAAUUAGACAUGUGAAUGACUAUGCUGCCAUCGUCAUGAUCGAUCGCCGGUAUGAGUUGCCGCGAAUCCAGCAAAAGCUGCCCGGUUGGAUUAGAGGGAGCUUGAUCCCAGCGCCUCCUACGCGAGCGGCUCAGAUGACCGUGCAACGACUGUCUAAGUUCUUCGCUGAAGACAGGGGGUAA